AUGAACAAUUGCACCUUUGCACAGAACAAUGCCACCAUCGGAGGUGCUAUCUAUCUACAGGACAAGUCCACUGCCAAUAUAGGCAAUUCGACUCUUGCACACAACACGGCUUCCAGUGGAGGUGCUGUUUAUGUCCAGAGCUCUUCAUCCAUGUGGUCCAAUAUGUGCACCUACGAAGACAACACCGCUAUAGGCAACGGGGGAGCAAUCAUCGUGUUUGAUGAAUCGACUGCAACAAUGGGGAAUUGCACUCUUGCACACAAUACAGCUUCCGGUUUUGGAGGUGCCAUUUACGCCGAGGACGAGUCGACUGCGACUAUAGCCAGUUCCAGUCUUGCGCACAACGCAGCAUCCUUUGGAGGCGCUGUUUUUGUUCAGGACGAGUCGACUGCAACAAUAAACAAUUCCACUCUUGCACACAAUGCAGUAUUCUCUGGAGGAUCAUCUUCUGGAGGCGCUGUUUUUGUCCAGAGCGCUUCGUCCCUGCAUUCCAAUACAUGCACCUACGAGAGGAACACUGCCACAGACAACGGGGGAGCAAUCUGUGCUUCUGAUGAGUCAAAUGCAACAAUAAGCGAUUCCACUCUUGCGCACAAUGCAGCAACUGCUGGAGGUGCUGUUUGUAUCCAGAGAUCUUCAUCCAUGCAGUCCGAUAUGUGCAUCUACGAGAACAACACUGCCAAGAGCCAAGGGGGAGCAAUUGUUGCACAUGGCCAGUCCACCGCGACUGUGGUCAGCUCCACUUUUGCACGCAACGCAGCAACCAACGGAGGCGCUGUUUUAGUCCUGAGAUCUUCGUCCCUGCGGUGCGACGCGUGCACCUACGAGAACAACACUGCCACAGACAACGGGGGAGCAAUCGACGUGUUUACGGGGUCCACUGCAACAAUCGCCAAUUGCACACUUGUGCACAAUGGAGCAAGCAAUGGAGGUGCUGCCUAUAUCGAGGCGUUUUCAUCCAUGCAGUCUGAUGCGUGCACCUAUGAGGACAACACUGCCGCAAGCCAAGGGGGAGCAAUUCUCGCGUUUGUGAGUGCAUCCUCAUUCUAA